CCUCAUAAACCUAGUUACUCUCUUCACAGCGGCUUCUUUCUCUUUGUGAUGCUCUCACACCACCACCACACUCCAUUCUCUCAGACCCUGAGAAUCAUCAUCACUCGCUCCAAACCCUAAUCAUUCUUCCCCGCCAAGGCUCUACGCUCAAGCCUCAAGUAGAGACCAUGCUCGAAGUCUAUAGGAACAGCUCCGUCGAUUGGAAGCCGUCGCCGGUCGUUGCCCUAGCCACCAGCGUCGACGACUCGCAGGUCGCCGCCGCCCGGGCCGACGGCUCCGUCGAGAUUUGGCUCGUCUCCCCCGGCGCCGUCGGAUGGCACUGUCAGCUGACGAUUCAUGGAGACCCUAACACGAGCGUUUCGUCGCUCAUUUGGUGCCGGGCUGGGUCCAAAGGCUUGCCUUGUGGGCGGUUGUUCUCUUCUAGCCUCGACGGCUCGGUUUCGCAUUGGGAUCUUUUUAAUUUGAAGCAGACGACUGUUUUGGAUUCUGUGGGGGUCUCAAUCUUUAAUAUGGCCGUGGCACCCUGUGUUAAUGACACAGAGAAUGGGUUUUUGAAUGAUAAUGGGGGUGAUCCUGAAACCAGUGAUAGUGAAACCAGUGACAGCGAGGAUGAUUCUGACUCAGACGAUGAUCAUGCACCAUCAGUUCUUGUGAACCCGCGCGUGGCAUUAGCUGGUGGUGAUGGUUUUCUGCAAAUUUACAGUAUUAAUGAUGCAGAUGAGUUUGUAUACACUAAAUCGCUGCCCAGGGUCAAUGGUAGUGUUUUGAGUGUGGCGUGGAGUCCCGAUGCAAAGUUUAUAUAUGCAGGGAGUACUGAUGGCAUGAUAAGGAUCUGGGAUGCUAGAGGAGGCAUUGAAAAACAUAGGAUUACAGUUGGACUCGGAGGCUUGGGUAGCGGAUCUGAACUCUGUGUGUGGGCGUUACUUUCUCUGAGGUGCGGGACCCUUGUAAGUGCAGACAGUACUGGAAGUGUUCAGUUUUGGGACAGUCAGCAUGGAACUCUACUGCAAGCACAUUCAUAUCACAAGGGUGACGUGAAAGCUCUGGCAGCUGCUCCCAGCCAUAAUCGGGUGUUCUCUGCUGGUUCUGAUGGUCAGGUUAUUCUUUACAAGCUCUCUAGUGAGACGCUGGGAUCUAGUGUUGGGUCUUCUCCUAAUGUAAUGAAGAAAUGGAUCUACGUUGGUUAUACAAGAGCUCAUACACAUGAUGUUAGGGCUUUGGCAGUGGCUGUUCCAAUCAGCAGAGAAGAUCCCUUACCAGAUCAAGGUAGAAAAAGAGCCCGUCGUAAGGACAAGCCUGUUGAUUUUGGUUAUCUUAAAUGGGCACAUUUGGGUGUUCCUAUGCUUAUCUCUGCUGGUGAUGACACAAAGCUCUUUACCUACCCUGUUAAGGAGUUCACACAGUUUUCUCCGCAUGAUAUCUGCCCUGCGCCUCAGAGAGUAUCCAUUCAAUUGGCACCUAAUACAGAGUUCAGUCAAACAUCAUUGCUUCUUGUUCAAGGUUCUCAUUCGUUGGAUAUCUUGCGCGUACGAGUAAAAGCUGGUGCCUUUUUUGAUAUGGCUCGUGGCUCUUCAGGAGGCCUAGCCUCAACUAAUGGGCUGUUUCAAAUUAAGUCAUCCCGGAAGAUCAUUUGCAGCACCAUAUCUAAUUCAGGGGUGUUUUUUGCUUAUUCUGACCAUGUGAAAAUUAGCCUGUUUGAGUUGAAGAAGCGUAUUCGAUCAGGAAAAAAAGAAGUGAAGUGUAAAGUUGGCGAAAGUGAAUUGACUCUUAAUAAAAGAGAACUUCCUCGAAAACUACCAUUUGCUCAUUCGAUGGUUUUUAGUUUUGAUUCUUCUCGCUUGAUGAUAGCAGGGCAUGAUAGAAGAAUAUAUGUUGUGGAUGUACACAGCUCAGAGCUAGUGCAUGCUUUUUCCCCUUGCCGUGAUUUGCAUGAUCAAGAACUACCACCUGGUGAGCCUCCCAUAACAAAAAUGUUUACGAGUUCUGAUGGGCAGUGGUUGGCUGCCAUCAACUGCUUUGGAGAUGUAUAUGUAUUUAAUCUGGAGAUACAGAGGCAGCAUUGGUUCAUUUCAAGACUGGAUAAUGCCUCUGUGACAGCUGGAGGUUUUUCUCCAAGAAACAAUAAUGUUCUUAUAAUCACGACCUCUUCAAAUCAGGUAUAUGCAUUGGAUGUUGAGGAGAGAAAAUUGGGAGACUGGUCAAAGCAGCACACUUAUGUUCUUCCCAAGAGAUUUCAAGAAUUUCCAGGCGAAGUUAUUGGGCUCUCUUUCCCACCUUCUCCUAGUACAACAUCUGUUAUUGUCUAUAGUGCCAGGGCUAUGUGCUUGAUUGACUUUGGGAUGCCUGUUGAUCGAGACGAUGAAAGUGACAUGAUAAAUGGUCAGGAUCCAGCAUUGAGGAAUUUCCAAAGUAAUGGGAAAUUAAAACGCAAGUGGACAGACAGUCAAACUAAGAGUAAACUCUUUGGUAGGAAGAAUUUUGAAUUUAUUCCAUUCGGAGAUCCAGUUUUAUUUAUAGGACAUCUUUCCAAAAGUUCCGUGUUGAAAAUAUACAAACCAUGGAUGGAAGUGGUUAGAAAUUUCGACUCUGCACCUGUAGACAAACAUACUUUUGGGACAUAAGUUUAUGUCAAUUAGGAUUUAGCCUUUGAGGGGAUCAGAUGUGGCAGUCAAUCCCUUGUGUUGCCAUGCUUUUUUUCUCUUUGGUCACUGAAGGGCUGAAGUAUGUUGUAUUCUUCAAAAAUUUUGUGUUAACAAGUAGUUUUUGUCUUCCAAUU